AUGGCGUCUAAAAUCAUAAAAAUCGAACAACUAAUCAAAAACGAUCACACUAAAGGUCCUACUAAAGAUCAUCCUAAUCCAUUGAAACUUACAGAACAGCAGAUUUACUCUAUUAACAAAAAAAAAAGAAAAAACCCAACCAUUCGUGAUGUUGUUAUUAAGUCUAAGAAAAAGGCAGAGAUAUCGGACCUUGUUGAUUUUCAAAUAAAAAUCAGUAGUAAAUUAAAUGAUCAUUGUAAUUCUUUAGUUUUAAAUGAAUCAAAUAAUAUUAUUGUUAAAACUUUUGAUGAGUCUACCUUAUAUGAUUUUCUUGGACCUGCAAAAUUCAAUCUCUCCUACUGGAAUAGUUCAAGAAAAGUUAAAAACUCAACAGAUUCAUCUAAGCUAUCACUAAAAGAACAGUUGUUAGUUACAUUAUUAAGACUUCGUCGAGGGUUUAAUAUAUUUACUCUUGCUCAUAUGUAUAAUGUGAGUUUGUUUUAUAUACGUUCUAUAUUUACAACUUGGAUAAUGUAUAUGUUUCAUCAUUUUAAAUGUCUUAAAUAUAAAAUGUUUCCAGAACGUGAAGUUUUCAAAAGAACAUUACCUAAAGUAUUUCAAACAUCCAAAAAUAUCCGUGCUACUAUUGACUGUGCAGAGUUUAGAUGUGAGGUUCCAAGAAAUUAUGCUCAACAAGGAAACACAUAUUCAUCAUACAAGCAUCAUUGCACUAUGAAAUGUCUUAUUGCUGUGAAUCCUAAUGGUGCAGCUUGCUUUGUAUCAGACUUGUAUGAGGGAAGCAUUACAGAUGUUGAUAUAUUUAAUAAAUGUAGUAUUAUGAAACAUAUUAAUCCGGAAGAAACACUUCUUGUAGAUAAGGGGUUUAAAAUUCAACAUUUACUUUUAGAAAAACAAGCUACUUUAUUUAUUCCACCUUUUUUGGGUAAACGAGAAAAAUUUACUGCAGAAGAAAUAAUGCUGACAAAAAGAAUUGCGAAAGCCAGGAUCCAUAUAGAAAGAUUUAACGAGCGUUUAAAAAAGUUUAGAAUGAUUGAUUGUGUUAUAUCUCAAUCGUUAACACCAAUAGCUUCUCAACUUGUUUUUGUUCCUUCGUGCCCGGUUAACUUUUAA